UCGAGAGAAUCUGGACAAGUAUUUACCCACAUGUUUAUGGCUGGUUGAAGGUUGGGUUGAUGCGUCAUUUUCUUGAUUCAGUGACUUCAUUUGAAAAAUUGUAUGCAAUUUCUUCACAGAUCUUUUUGAAUGUCUUAUUUGGAAUUGUAUGUUUUAUUUCUCAUAUUCUGUAAAUAGGUAUUGGUGGUUGGAUUUUGUAUUGGUCCUCAAGAACAUUGUCUAGAGGAGGAUGAUUAUCAUUUAACGGGUAACCAACGAUUUCUUCACGUAGUAUUCAUAAUUGGAACACCAUGAUAAGAUUUAGUGGUGGUUGCAUGCGUUUUCAUUUUGAGAUACUUGUGUGUUCCUAAUUUUGAUGAAUGUGUCUCGAAAUGAUGUGUUAUAUUUAUGUAGCAUGGGUAGUCUCUUGUCCCAAUGGAUUAGAUGCUUUUAGCUGAGAACUAACUAAUGGGCAAGGGCUAAAAGGGAAGUUAAUCUUAAUUCAUUUUUAGUUGAAAACUUAUACUUUCUAAUUAAGGGAGAUGUAUCUACCUUAUUAGUGGAACACUAGAUCAUUGAUGUUUCAUAAAUAUAACACAUCACUUGGAAACAUAUUCAUCAUGGGUUUGUGCAGCCAAUGUUGUAGUGUCCUAGGGGCAUGUUGAAUCCUCUUUCUUUGUGUGUGUGUUUGUGUGAACCUGACAUUAUUUUGAUCUCAGCCUAUGGCCGUUCAAUGCAGAUGGGUACGGAUAGCAGAAGUCACCACUAGUACGCGAUACCGCCAAUGAUGGAUGCGACAUAUCAAGGAAUUAGGAUCGCUAUACCAUCUCAAUUUGGAUCGCCAUACCGGCUACGAUCGGAUCGCAAUCGAUUUGAAAUUGGGUACACUCUUACCAAUACAGAAGUCGCGGCUCCUAGAGCGAAUUCUGUGCCUAUGUUAGGAACAUUCCAAAGAUCAUGCACAUGUCCUUCUGGUGAAUGCCUUUGGAUUGGAGGGCAGAGAUGAUGGAGUACAGAGGGGUUGUUUAAAGAGAUGGGUUGAGGGAGAGUGCUCUGCAUGAAUCAACUCCCAUAAUCUCAAGGUGCAUGAAUCAACUCCCAUAAUCUCAAGGUAGAGGGUUUUCUCUUUGAAUUGGAAGGAGUGAUUUGGUUGAGCUUGUUCAAGGAGUUGGUGUUUCUGUAAUAAUAAGCUCUUGGGCUUUGUUGAUAAGUUGAUGGAGGUGGUGGUUGUUGUAAUUGUCGUCGUCGAUUGUGUGUUUACAGGUAUAGAAUUAAAAUAGCAAUCUUUUCUCGCCUUCCACACCAACCAAAAUCGGGCUAUUCUAGGUGGGAGCUUCAUCUUUCAACACCUCAUUGAGUACACUUUUGGAAAGGAGGAGCCCGAUUGCUCGAUCGAUAAGAACUGAGAUGUAUUUUUCAUUACUUGUUUUGGCCACACUAAUCAAGGACAAUGGAAUAG